AUGGACCCUGUUUUGAUUGUCGGAGCAGGCAUCGUCGGGCUGACGCUUGGUCAGGCUCUCAAGAAGAACAACAUCCCCUUCCGCAUCUACGAGCGGGACGCAUCGCCGCAUGCUCGCGGCCAAGGAUGGGCCAUCACCCUGCAUUGGGCCCUGGAGUACAUCCAGCAAAUUCUCCCUGACGACACAUUACAAGCCAUCCAAGCGGUACAGGUCGACCCACAAGUUGCCCAGCACGACGACGGGAACUUCCUCUUCAUCGACCUGGCGACCGGCGCUCCCAAGUUCAAGAUCCCCCCCAGCACCCGCUGGCGCGUCAACCGGGAGAAGAUGCGAGGCGCGUUGCUACGCGGGAUCGAAGAGCAUGUCCAGUGGAAUGCGCAAGUGGUCGACAUCGAGACCCAAGGGACUGCUCCUCCGUGCCUGGUCCUAGCCGACGACACGCGCGUGUCCGGACGGUUCGUCAUCGGGGCCGAAGGCAGUCGAUCGCUGGUACGCCGCGUGCUGCGCCCAGACGCAUACCUCAACUCCGUCCUCCCCAUCCGGUUCACGGGGGUAGCCGUGGAUCUGUCGCCGGAGGAGAUCCGCCCCCUGCGAGCGAUGGAUCCGCUGCUCUUCCAGGGCUGCCACCCCAACACCGGGGUGUUCUUCUGGUUCUCCGUGCUCGAGACCCCCCAGAGCAACGGCACGCAGGGCAGCUCCGACGGGGAGCGCUAUCGGGCGCAGAUCUGCAUGUCGUGGCCGGUGAACAGCGAGGCCGAUGAAGUGGCGGCAACCGAUGCAGAGCGACUCGACAAUAUGAAACGACGGGCGGUUGGCUUCGUGCCGUUCCUGCGGUCGGUCGUGGAGGGGAUCCCGUCUGGGACGCCGGUGCUGGAGAUUAAACUAGCGGAUUGGGAGUGUUUGGAAUGGGAUAACUGCGACGGCCGGGUCACGCUGGCCGGGGAUGCGGCCCACGCCAUGACAAUGUAUCGCGGCGAAGCAGCCAAUCAUGGGCUACUGGACGCCUUUUACCUCUCACAGGCGCUGCGACAGGUGUACACGGAGGGCCGAGGGGCGAAAGAGGCGCUGGAUGAGUAUGAGGCGGAGAUGCGGUCCCGGACGAGACGCGCGGUCCGGCUGAGUCGACAGGCCUGUCGCGAUGCGCAUACCUGGGACCGAUUGAAUGAGGACUCGGCCAUCUUGACUAAGAGAGCCAUUACGGGCGAGGCCUGA